AGCUCGGUCCAGCGCCGCCCGCCUCGCCGGGCCCGCGCCGGGAUGGGGUAGGGAAAGCGCCACGGAGUCGGGCGAUGGGCCGCCCUCUGGGCACCGAGCAGCCCCCCGAGGCCUGAGCGACCGCGAGGACCGGCGGAGGAGCCCCGCCUGGAUGUCAAACGGAUGCCCCAGUGCCUCCCAGCGGACUCGGUGGGGACCAUGGCUUCGCUAAUGCCCCUCUCCCCAUAUCUAAGCCCCACUGUUCUCCUGCUGGUCAGUUGUGACCUGGGCUUUGUACGAGCAGACCGGCCUCCCUCUCCUGUGAAUGUGACAGUCACUCACCUCAGAGCCAACUCGGCCACUGUGUCUUGGGACGUCCCAGAAGGCAACAUCGUCAUUGGCUACUCCAUUUCCCAGCAACGACAGAAUGGACCGGGGCAACGUGUGAUCCGGGAGGUCAACACCACCACUCGGGCCUGUGCCCUCUGGGGCCUGGCUGAAGACAGUGACUACACAGUGCAGGUCAGAAGCAUCGGCCUUCGGGGAGAAAGCCCCCCAGGGCCCCGGGUGCACUUCCGAACUCUCAAGGGUUCUGACCGGCUACCCUCAAACAGCUCGAGCCCAGGCGACAUCACAGUGGAGGGUCUGGAUGGAGAGCGACCUCUGCAGACGGGGGAAGUGGCCAUCAUUGUGGUGGUGUUGCUCAUGUGGGCUGCUGUAAUUGGGCUCUUCUGCCGUCAGUAUGACAUCAUCAAGGACAAUGACUCCAACAAUAACCCCAAGGAGAAGGGGAAGGGACCGGAACAGAGUCCUCAGGGAAGGCCAGUGGGGACAAGACAGAAAAACUCACCAUCCAUCAACACCAUUGACGUAUGAGUGAAGAAACAGAACCAGAAGACAGAUGCACUAACAUCUUGGGGAUGGGGAUGGGGUCAGGGGGAGCCCAAGAUGGUGAUUUGCUCAAGACUGAAGGAUCCCACAGUCUCCCAGAGGGUAAUGACACUCCCACAAUCUCAGGCCUGGUAUCCAUUCUCUUUCCACUGUGAGCAGGGCCAGAAGGUAGGUCUGUUAGGGUCUGAGCCCCUGGACCUGGGGAGUGGAUAUCAGAUGGGAUAUGUCCUUCCAUCCCCCAGGUCCAGGAGAGUCACUUGUUCAACCCUAUCCCAUUAGGUCCCAAAUGGGGCCCCAUUUCACCCACAUCAGGACCCUUGGCAUCCCCAGCUGCCCCCACAUCUUGCCUCUGGGUCUCAGAGAGGAGUGUUUCUGUGGGUACUCCACCUCCCCCAGCAAAUAAAAGGAAUUGUCUGGGCCUGGAGGCAGAUGCUGCACUGCACUACUCCAGUGUCUUCCAUGGAGCCUCAGGUGCUCCCCCUCUCACCUGGCAGCCCCUUCAGCUGCUGGUGAUCUCACCCCUUGGACAUUUUUUCCAAUAAAGUUUCUUGGACAAACUG